UGGAAAAAAGGGCGGGGCGGAGUUGGUGGCGGAUGUCGCGCGCCGAGUUUGUGCGCGUUCCCGCCAUUUCUCCUCCUCCUCCCCCCUCCCGCCGCCUUGAAGCUGCCGCCGCCUGUAGAACUGGUUGCCGGUCGUGGUGCGGAAAGGGGGGGGGCAGAUCCCUUCUCCUUCCGCCGGGGCUGGUCGAGGCGGGGCACCCCUUCUCCGUUCCCUCCCCUCCCUUCCUGUCCUUCUCCCCUCCGAGCGCCGGCGGCUCCUUCCCUUUCUCCUCGCCUGCCAUGGAGCUUUUCCAGGCGAAGGACCACUACAUCCUGCAACAAGGGGAGUGGGCGCUCUGGUGUAGCCGCGCCGACGGCAGCUUCCAGCUCCGUCCCGCUACUGAUCUCCUUCUGGCUUGGAAUCCAGUUUGCCUGGGUUUGAUUGAGGGACUUAUUGGAAAAGUUCAGCUUCAUACAGAUUUGCCUUGGUGGUUGCUUCUAAUUCGCCAAAAAGCAGUGGUUGGCAAACUUCCAGGGGAUCAUGAAAUUUAUAAGAUAACAAAGAUUGUAGCAGUACCACUGUCUGAAGCAGAACCUCAAGAUCUGGAGCUGGAGCUCUGUAAAAAACAUCAUUUUGGAAUAUACAAACCAGAGAAGAUUACACAAUCUCCCGAGGACUCCAAAUUUCUGCUCAAGACUUUCACUCAGAUUAAAUCAAAUGUUUCUGCUUCUAAUAAAAAGAAGGUUAGAGAAAGUAAAGAGAAAGAGAGACUGGAGAGACGGCUUUUGGAAGAACUAUUAAAAAUGCUUAUGGACUCAGAUUCUUUUUAUUACAGUUUGACUUACGACCUAACAAACUCUGUCCAGAGGCAAAGUGCAUGUGAAAAAACUACUUUGCCACUUUGGAAGAAGGUUGAUGACAGAUUCUUUUGGAACAAACACAUGAUUGAAGAUCUGAUAAAUAUUUGUAAAUCUGAAGUGGAUUUUUGGAUUAUCCCAAUCAUCCAGGGAUUUGUUCAGAUUGAAGAACUUGUAGUUAAUUAUAAUGAAGCAUCGGAUGAGGAGAAGAGCAGUCCUGAAACACCACCUCAGGAAUCUGUCUGUGUGGAUAAUAUUUACCCUUGUUUUCUUGUGGCACUAAUCUCACGCCGAAGCCGCCAUAGAGCUGGGAUGCGUUACAAACGACGAGGGGUUGAUAAAAAUGGGAAUGUGGCAAAUUAUGUGGAGACUGAACAAUUGAUUCACGUCCAUAACCACACCCUCUCCUUUGUUCAGACAAGAGGCUCUGUGCCAGUGUUUUGGAGUCAGGUUGGUUAUAGAUAUAAUCCCCGGCCAAGAUUGGACAAAAGUGAAAAGGAAACUAUCCCUUAUUUCUGUGCACAUUUUGAAGAACAGUUAAAAAUUUAUACAAAACAGAUUAUUAUUAACUUGGUGGAUCAGACUGGACGAGAAAAAAUUAUUGGUGAUGCUUACCUUAAACAAGUUUUGCUGUACAACAAUCCAAGCCUUACAUAUGUUUCAUUUGAUUUCCAUGAACAUUGUCGUGGAAUGAAGUUUGAAAAUGUGCAAACGUUAACGGAUGCCAUUUCAGAUAUCAUCACUGAUGUGAAGUGGUGCUGGGUGGACCAAGCUGGUGUGAUUUGUAAACAGGAAGGAAUUUUUCGAGUUAACUGUAUGGAUUGCCUGGACCGAACCAAUGUUGUCCAAGCUGCUAUUGCCCGUGUAGUUAUGGAACAACAGUUGAAGAAGUUGGGUGUGAUGCCACCAGAACAGCCACUGCCAGUGAAAUGCAAUCGAAUCUACCAGAUCAUAUGGGCUAACAAUGGUGAUGCAAUCAGCAGACAGUAUGCUGGUACAGCAGCAUUAAAGGGUGACUUUACAAGGACCGGAGAAAGGAAGCUGGCAGGAGUUAUGAAAGAUGGUGUUAACUCUGCAAACAGAUACUACUUAAAUCGCUUCAGGGAUGCCUACAGACAGGCAGUCAUAGAUUUAAUGCAGGGCAUUCCUGUGACAGAGGAUCUCUAUUCCAUAUUUACAAAAGAAAAAGAACAUGAAGCACUGCAUGGGGAAAACUUGAGAAGUCAUCAGGAAUUGAUAAGCCAGUUAUUGCAAAGUUACAUGAAGCUGCUUUUACCAGAUGAUGAAAAAUUUCAUGGUGGUUGGGCUCUUAUUGAUUGUGAUCCAAGCCUCAUUGAUGCUACUCAUAAAGAUGUAGAUGUUCUGCUGCUGCUUUCUAACUGUGCCUACUAUGUGGCCUACUAUGAUGAUGAAGUAGAUAAAGUAAACCAAUACCAAAGGCUGAGCCUUGAAGAUCUGGAGAGGAUAGAAAUUGGUUCUGAACCAACUCUUUUUGGAAAGCCCAAGUUCUCCUGCAUGAGGCUCCAUUACAAGUACAACAAUACAAGUGGAUAUUUUCAUACCCUUCGAGCUGUCAUGCGCAACCCUGAAGAGGAUGGAAAAGACACUCUGCAGUGCAUUGCAGAGAUGCUGCGAAUCACAAAACAAGCCCUGGGUUUAGAUGUGCCCAUUAUAGAGAAAAAACUAGAGAGAAAGAGCAGUAAACCCCAUGAGGAUAUCAUUGGCAUUAGAUCCCAGAACAGAGGAUCCUUGGCCCAGGGGAAGAAUUACUUAAUGAGCAAGUUCUCAUCCCUUAAUCAGAAAGUGAAGCAAACUAAAUCCAAUGUAAAUAUGAACAACCUUAGAAAGCUGGGGAACUUCACAAAGCCUGAAAUGAAAGUCAAUUUCUUAAAACCCAACCUGAAAGUAAAUCUUUGGAAGUCUGACAGUAGUCUUGAAACCUUGGAAAAUCCCACGACCGAUACUAAAGUCACUGCGGAAUCGGACAUUGAGAUCUCCUCUGAUAAUGACUCAUUCCAUUCAGAUGACUUCCUUACAAAUUCUAAAUCUGAUGACGACGACCAACAGUUCAUGGACUCUUUAGAGGACAUCGAUUAUGUCCUUCCCAGUUGCGGCAUCAUUGCAUCUGCUCCUCGGAUAGGUAGUCGGUCCCAGUCUAUAAGCAGCACUGACAUUAAUAUUAGCAUCCCUGUUCCUUCAGAAGUUCGUGUUACACAGUAUGGUGAGCAAACUAACAAGUCUGAAUCUGACAGCGAAACACUGCAGGAACCUCCUUCCACUGGCAACACAGCAGGGAAGUUCAUUAAGCCAAUUGAUGCCUACUGCCACAGGUUUGUACAAGAUGCUCAGAUAAAAAUGGCCAGUGUUUCAGAAGUCGAGAUUGGUUCUCAGGAGUCUCAGCAAGCAGAUUGUUUUAGCAGCCGAGCUUCUAAGAAAACAGAAUCUUGUUUGGGAAGAACUAAUGAGACUCCUUCGAGGCCAUCAAAAUUGGAUGUACCAUUUUCAGAGACAAAAUCACAGCUCUUAGCAGUUGAACAGACUAAUUAUUCUAGGUGUCAUCAAAGCCCAGGCUCCUCAUCCAGUAUCCUUGAGGCUGAGUCAGGGUUUCAUAUGACUCCUUCACCAGCAGAGAGUAAUGGUAGUAGGGCAGUUUCACCCUUUGCAAAAAUCCGCAGCUCCAUGGUCCAGGUGGCUAAUAUUACACAGGCUGGGUUGGCUCAAGGAAUCAACUUUGCAGUGGCUAAAGUCCAGAAGAGCCCUGCUGAACCAGAAACUAUAAAUGAAAUUCAGCAAAAUGAACUGAGAGAAAUGUUUACACAAUGUCAGACGCGGAUAAUUCAGAUCUAAAACGUGCACUCUUCAGAUUCGGUUGUACAUACUGAAAAACAAAAGGUCUGUAAUACCACCGCUGGGAAAGAUGUACAAACUGCCAUUGAGUGUUGGUAUUUUAAAAAACACUAAUUAUGUUUACAGUGUGGUUUGGCAGAACUUAAUUGGGUUCUGAACAGGUUUCAGGACUAAUCUCUGACAGCUGAGCUGGUGAAGGUGAAUCAUACUAUACAGGUAGCUCAUACAGCAGUGGUUGAUGUGGAUGCUGUUCGUUUGAGUGAUCAGUUGCACAGUUAUCUUCUGAGACCAAUUUUCAUAGGUCUUCUGAUUUACCUAGUAUAUUAGUAUUGCAGGGCUAGUACUGACACCUGUUACCUUAUUAAUCUUGCACUGUACCAGUGAACAUUUUAUUUACAAGAUAACAUCCUAUUUAUUUUUCAGACAAACUUUUUAAUUUUUAAAAUUUGUGUUCAUUAUCUACUUGCAUUCCUAACCAUGUGGUCUCUGCAGAGGGAACAUUUAAAUAUAUUUGUAUAAGAACUUACUGUCCUUUCUCCCUUGCCAGUUCCUUGCUUCUUUCUACCUCUGUUCAUUGGUAGCUACGGUACCGUGGAGCAAUCUAAUAUAGUAAGAUGUUAAAAGCUUAUUGGCUAGGUGCUGAAUGAGUUUUUCUUACUAGAAAAAAAAAUUAAUCCAUUAAAAAAAUUAUGGUGUUUGGAAGCUUCACAAUUCCUGUAAUCAAACUAGCUUCUUACUGUUAUACUAUAACAUUUUUAAAACACAAAAAUAACACAGAGAUCUUUAACUCCAAAAUAAAUGCUGAAUGUCAGGUAUAUGCUACUGUGUUCAUAUAAAAACAUUAUAAUACUGUAUUGUCUAAACUGAAGCAGAAGAGCUCCAAAAGUAAAUGAAAACACAAAUUCAUCUGUAAAAUCAUAGCACUGAUAUUUAAAAUCAGGUUAAUGCAAAGUGUUUUUAAAGUUUAGUUGUAAUCCACAGAGACAAAUUCUGGCUUUGCCACAGUACUGCUUGGGAAUGAGACUGCAUUUGAAAGUUUGUCCUAGGAAUCUGAUCCCAAAUGGUUGAUGUGCACAGGAUAAAUUCUUAUAGGCCAUGCUUUUGUUUCCCAGAAGUCUUGUGGCUGAUACUCUACAGUAGAAUAUAGCAACUGAAAUAACACUGGAUACUGCUAUUUUGUGGUUCAUAACCUCUGUAAUCUUUAACAUCCCAGAACCCAGGUCUUUUAGUACCUGUGUACUAUACUAGGCUGCAUGUACUGUACUUGGCAGUUAACAAGUGUCAUAAACAAUAGUAUGAUGUCUUUGAGUACCUGUACUUUAACAGAAGUGAUCAUCAACUUAACUUGAUUGUCUUCUUUGUUGGUUUUGAUACUGUUUCCAUUUUGUUAUUUAUUUCUUAAUACUGUAAUGUGUGUUCCUUUUUGUGUCUGUAUAAAUUUGUGGGUAUAUUUAAAAUAAAAUAUUGUUUUAAUGGGA